UUCGUCAUCCGUCAUCCAUCGUCGGUUUAUCACUGCUACAACCACUACAAAGUUUGUCUUUUUCUUCACGUUCCAGCUCCGAAGGGGAAAUCGUUUAGACUCCCUUUUUUGGCACCCUCAAACGGAAACCCGUUGGAUUGCUGCCAUCUUAUACCGCAAUACAGCACAACCAUCAAUAAGCUUCGGGCUUAUUGAUUAUAGUCGGGGUUUUCUUCCACAAUCUUCAAAAUUCAGGAAUUAGAGGUCAUUCCGCGGUGUUUACCGUGGUCCCCGCUCGUGGCGUCCCAAGGAGUUUACUCGGCAUACUCGCCGCCAUCAACGACGACGACGUCAUUCGGAGAGUACUCGCAGUACGGCAGGAUGAAUCAGUACGGGGAUGAGGAGGAUUGGAGUCAUUUUCCAGUAGAAUGUUAUAGUGUAGGUUUUUGUGAUACCUUCUUUCCCACUUUUGAUCCUUCACCGACUCGGCAACGGGGAUGACGGCCAUCCUAUGGUGAUGGGGGAAGCAGGAAGGGAGGGAGGGAGAGGAAAGGGAGUAGUGAAAUGUGGAAGACUAAUUGAAUAGUGGGAAACGCAGAACUCACUAAGCUACCAUGCAACGCUCGAGUCUCACCCAUCACUAGACUACCCGCUCUCACUGUCCUCGAUGCCACUACUAUCCUCGCCAUCCUACACAGCACCCACGACAACCAGCUCACCACCACCCCCAACCCUCUACACAGCCGCCCAGACAAACCCAUUCAAGCGACCUUACCAGCCGGACCCGACGCCCGUCUCCUCCCCGCAAGCCAUGCCCCCAACAAAGCGACGAAAGUCAACGAGCAAAGAAGCCUGGACAAUGACGGAGGAUGACAACCUCCUGCUACAACUCAAGGAUGACGAGGGACUGCCAUGGAAAGCGAUAGCCGGGAAAUUCCGCGAUAUGGGUCGGGGCGAGUUUCGGGUUCCUACGCUGCAAAUGCGCUAUAAAAGGCUCAAGGAGAAGAUGCGGGUUUGGGAUAUUGAAGAUGUAUGUAUACAGCAUGCUCUCUCUCAUCAUUGCGCUUGGACUAAGUUAAAGUGGGCUCAUGUGCUGACGAAAGGACGACCGCAACAGAUACAAUUCCUAAAGGAGGCAAAGGAACACGUCGAGAAGCAAAAGUGGGAGCUCAUCUCGCAAAAAAUGCUAGAGCUCGGCUGCAAAAAGAAGAUUCCCGCCGUCACCUGCGAGAAGAAGUGGAAGGAGAUCUCACCCCAGGCCGGCCCUCCCACCCCGCAACCCUCGCAGACGUCGAGCGUUUGCGGGACCGAAAUGAAGCGGGAGCUGUCUCAGAUAUCUGACGACGGAUGCUGAAAGCCGGCCCUGGGUCAUUUACUUGAUAAGUGCGAUUAGGGGAGCUAGAGACUGGAUCCUUUAUCUAGCCUUUUUUUUUCCUGCCCACCCCCUUCCAUUUGUCUGUGUCGGUGAUGCGGGGGUUUUUUCUUUUCUUUUCCCAUACUUAUUCAAGUUUUCUUCUUCACGUUUACUUUUUCCCUCUCUUGGAUCUCGGUGGGUAGGUCUGGAUACGGGAAUUGCCACUUUUUUUUCCUUCUUUUUUUCUUGUGGGAGGGCGCGGGGGUUGCUGGGUUGGUCGGUUUUGGGGGGUUGGUCGGGGUUUCUGCUCUAUCCAUUUAUAUUCUUUUAUUUCCAUUUCCUCUUUCUUCUCUUUAUUUCUCAUCGGAUGGGUUGGGCUUUCACGGGGUUAAUAAGAUGGUUUCUCUUUUGUCUUGUCUUCCACUACUUGCUACUUCCUCACCUACUCACCUAUUCCUAUUCCUUAGUACCAUCAUAUCCUCUUUAUACAGUGUCGGCCUUGGUGUUUUUCGGAUUUUCUUUUAUCUGGGUGUUUUUGCUUUUCCAACCUUUACUUUUACUUUUACUUUCUAUCCAUCUCUCCAUCUCUUUUCCAACUCAACCUUGAGCGAAAAGAAAAAAUAUAAGGAAAACGGGAAAAAAAGACAAGCGGAAAAUGGGUGAAAAAAAAAAAGACUGGAAAAAUGUUAGUUUGUAUUAUUUAUCUUUUUCUUUUUUCACUACCACCUUUACAUCAUCGCCAUCAUCAUCAUAAUCAUCAUAAACUAGCAUUCAUCCCCCCCCCCCUUUUUUUUUUACUGUCCUUCCUCCCUUCCCCUUCUAUUCCCUCUUAGUUUUUCAAGCUCCGCUCCGCCCCUUUCAAAUCAUUGGAUAAUGUCAUUUCACUAUUCCGUUCCAGCGCAAGAGAAAAAAAAGGGUUAGGAUAUCUGCUUUUAUUGGUUAGGUAGUUUAGUGGGUUAGCUGGUCAAGAAUGGGGCAGAAGAGAUGGAGGGAGUUGGACACAGGAAGAAACAAAGUAACAAGUUAUCGAGAUCGU